GCCUCGCCUCGGCUGAGGGGCGGGGCGAAACCCUGGGAAACCUCCGCGCGGGAAACAGAAAAGAGAGACGCGAGGAAGCGGCUGCUCCUCGCCCCGCGUCCCGGCCAGUGGCGCAGCCUCUUGACGCCCCCCGUCCACGUGCGACCGGCGGAGGGGGCUCGUGCCGCCUUCUCCACCAGGUCCACCCCCCGCCCGCUUCCCUUUUCCCAACUGCCCGAGGGCUCCGACUUCGCCGCUGCCCCCUCCCCAUAGGGAAGGCAUUUCCACUGUGCCUCCUCUCGCCCCUUCCCCAGUUCAAGCAGAUGCCACUGCUGCCUCCUGUUGCCUUCAGGGUCGCCCCCUCCCCUCCCUUCUUUCCUUCCUUCCUGCUUUCUCCUCGGUCCCUGUUCUUUCUUCCGUUGCUCCCCACAGAUGGAAAUUAACUCGUCCUGAGAGGAAAUGGUAAGCCUAGCGGGGAGCUGGGGGCCCAAAGGAAUUCCCAUGGGCAGGGCCGGAUUUACGUAUAAGCUAAACAAGCUAUAGCUUAGGGUCCCACUCUCUUGGGGAGUCCCCCCCCCCAAAAAAAAAUUAAAGGGAAAAAAACAUGGAUGUACAUUUCCAAAAAAUAAUCUAAAAAAAAACAAAUAAACUAAAACCUACAUACAGCAACAGUGGCAAAUGGCUUUAGACACCUAUUAGGUCCAUAAAUUACCAUAUAAUCAACACAAAAAACAGUGACAAUUUGUUGUUGACAAAGGACAGCUGGACAUACAAAGGGCCCCAUUACCUUCAGUACCUUAGGGCCUCAUCAAACCUAAAUCCUGCCCUGAGUGUGGAACCAGAGGAAUUCCCAUAGGCAUUGUUGGGCUAAGUUUAUAUCAUUCAAACGGGCAAAAGGUGUUUCAGAUAAAGCCGUAGUUUGUUGAAAAUGCCAACUUCCACAGUAUGCAGAUUCUUAAUAGGUUGCCUUGAUCUAUCACUCCUUUUUCCUUUCUCUUUUUGCAGAGGAGAAGCCUGGCUCCUAGUCAGCUGGUCAAGAGGAAGCCAGAAGGGAAUGGCUCUGACGAAGAUGACACCUGGCAUCCUGAAACUGUGAGCAUCCUGUCAAUCAUUCUGUUGUACACUUGUGUCCUGCUUUCCUUCCAUGAUGGAACAUGCUGACCAGACCCAGAGCUGCUGAGCUUCAGCAAGGAGACUGCAUUGUUAAACCCUUUUUGUAUCAGCUUUUCCAUUCCUUUAUUACACACAUAUAUUCUCAUUUCUCACUAUGGAUGUAUCACUUGUGUAGUGGCUGACCUUUGGCCAUAAACUCACUAGGGGGACUUAUCUGUUGGCCUCAGUAUAUGCACUGUAUUGUGGGUCAAGUAUCAUAAUAGUAAUAAUGCAUCAAUUUGGCUAUUGUGAUUGUUUGUGGGUAAGCGUAUUGCUUAUAUGAUGAUGGAUGUGCACUGCAAGGAGUUGGAGUCACUGGGACAUCCUCAAGCUGGUUGUUCUCUUAGAUGAAGCAAGCUCCAGUCAAUACAGAUGCUACAUUUUAUGUGGUGGCUGGUAUAUUUGCACCUUGGAGUGUGUUCCUCUAGCUGAUCUACAUGUGGAAAAUGUUUGUUAACCUAAGGAUUAUCUAAUGAAAUUCAUAUUUAAACAAUUUUAAACACGCAACUCAACGCAGCCAAAUCUUACAUAUGUUUAUUUGAAAGUAAGUCUCAUUGAGUUCAAUGAACCUUGCAUCCAAGAAAGUGUGCAUAUGAUUGUAGCUGUAGUCUUUUUCUCUUCUAAAUAAAUAAAAAGUAAUUAUUUUAGCAACUAUUGGAAACAAAUUAUUUCACAUUUGUAUCCUUCCCUUCCUUGAGAUGUAUAUAGUAGACACUAUCAUUACAAGUUCUCUAAUUGCAAUAGCCCUCUUUUUGCUUUAUGCUUCUUUAUAUCCAGUGUGUCCCAACCUCGGCAAUGUUUCAAACCCAAUUUUAAACCAUAUUAGCCUUCCAAGAAUGUUUGCAUUUUGUUUUUGCUUUUAACAAGGUUUGCGGCACUGAUGGUGAACAUCACUUCAUUGAAAAACAAUUUUUAAAAAACGAAGUGCUCAGAUGCACAAAUAAUCUAACUGGAUGGUUUUAGGCAGUAUGACUGUUGUAUGUACACCUGGGUUCUCCAAUCCUAAUGCAAUAUUUCUAAUCUUUUCUAGACUCGGAAGAGACAGAAACAUGGCAGCAAAGUCGAUAAGAGGGAGUGUUAUAUGUCACCUUUCCGGAAGCCCUUGGCACAGUUAACCAAUCAGCCUCAUUGCCUUGAUGGCAGUAAACAUGCAAGUGAUUUAUUUAUGUUUUCUCGUGCAAUUUUGCACAAUUAACUUAUUCCUGAGGGUGGGAGACAAUGCAGUUUCUAGUUUGGCUCUUUUAUUGGUUGGGUUGUGGAUGAACUCACACCACCUGAACGAGAAGCUGUGAGUUUGCAAAGGCACAAAGGCUAUGAGCCAGAAGAUCAUAAGCACACAGAUUUCCUUGCAAUCUGCUGUGAAAAAAGAUGCAGUGUUAUCUGUCUGUAGCCGGCUAUAAGAACCUGGUGGUUUUGGACUGGGUUCACAGAGAGAAAUGACACUUCUUUGGGAUCAACUUCUUCCCAGUUAAAUAGUAUAGAAAGUGAUUUUUAUAUGCGUUCUCUUUGAAAUAUAAUAUGAGAGACCUGUAAAGAAUAAGCUGUUUAUGAACUGUUCUUUAUUUAGGAGCCUAAUAAAAAUGACUUGUUCAAAGAGCUCCCCAAAUGUUUUAUAAAUAAAAUAAUAGAUGAAAUGCAAUUAAGUUUCUAAAUAUAUUUAUUAUUAUUUAAAACAUUUUCUAAACCAAUUGAUACUUAAACUCUCUUAAACCAUUUACAAAAAUACAAACGUACAAACAGAAAACCUUCAUAAAAACAGAGUUCUAGUAAUAACAGGGUCCAAUCUGAUGCUCAUGGAUAGCCUGGGCAAAAAGUGAUAUCUCUAUAAGACUUCUGAAGCAACUGAUAGAUGAUAUUUCCUAAAUGGCAGGGCUUUCCAGAGUGCAGGAACAAUAGUGGAAAAUACUUGUUGUCAUUCAGUGCUAAAUACAUUUAGUUGGAAGCAAAAUCUGCCAGUCUCAGUAUAAAGUUCAUUAUUGCUUACUGAUUAGCUUGAAAGGUCUUUUUAAUGUUAAACUAAUGAAUAUUUUAUACUUUAAAUCCCAGGAGGCCUUUAUUCGCAGCAUUUUGUCAAAACCUUUCAAAGUUCCUAUUCCAAACUACACAGGUAAAUCCAUGAGGUUUCCCUCCUAACAUUGUCUUACUUCGCCAUCUGUUAACUCUGAAUGUGUAGAAUAAUGAAGUUUUGUGUGUAAAAAAGAAAAAAAAUGUAUGAAAAAUGUUGAAUUAUUAAGUGGUGGGCUGUAAUGCUUAUUUAGGCUGCCCUCCUAUGCAUGUUUACCUGAAAGUAAGCUUCUUUGAAUGUGGUGAGGCUUAUUUCCAAGUAAAUAUGCAUAACACAGGUCUAUAAGUCAUGUAGGCUUACAGAACCCUAGAUUUUAGUUAUAAUUUUGGGUCUCAAACUUCUUGAAUUUUAUGAAUUGCCACCAAGUUUCAAAAUGCACCUGCAGUUAAUGGGAGGAGAUAGACAAAAAUGCUUCCUUUGCUGGUUAGUUGUAUCUGGAAAUUCAUAGACUGAGUUGAUGAUACAAGCAUAAGCUGUGUGCCAAAUAUAUGGGUUCAUGAAUCAUUCCUUGAUUCAUUAACCUAAAACUUGUGAAUAAUUACUGUAGUUACACCUUCAAGUAUUGGUCUAACUAUCCUUUAUUAACUAAGGGCACUGUGUGUGUGUUUUCUGAUGAGGUGUGGAUUUUUACAUUUUGUUCAGGCCAGGUUUGGCGAUAGAGAUCUGGUGCUGUAGUUCAGAAGCUCUGUAAUGGGAGUAGAACACCAUUUUUUUUGUUUCAUGCUACUUGCCUUCAUGCAUAGUCUCAGUCUGAUAGCAGUGGCACACCAGACUUAAUGAGAUAUCUCUGCCGUGUUUAUUCUAUAGCUUACAUCUCACACAUAGCACUUUAUACUUGGGGCUAACUUUCCCUAAAAGUCAGUGUGUUGUCACUGUAAUAGGAUAUUUGACAGUCCUGCGUUUACUGAAAACAGUCAGCUUGCUGCUUUUUCUUUGUCAUCUUUCAGGUUCCCCAGGCUUUAGAGCUCUGGGUAUCAAGCGUGCAGGACUCAGGCAUGCUCUCCAUGACCCUUUUGAAGAAGGAGCUCUGGUGCUCUACGAACCUCCACCUCUGACUGCUCAUGACCAGCUGAAAAUCGACAAGUGAGUUGCUUCCUUCCGACCUCCCUUCUCCCCACACCCAGUAGGUUCUCUCCCACCAUUUCAGCUUGGUUUGUGUAUCUGUUGAUAUUUUGACGGAUCUUAGAAUUGGCAUGCAAACUUAGUAUUCAAUUGCCAUUUUGCAGUCAUUAGGCUGAUUCAUCUCCCAUAAUGGAGACGCAGUGGUGGAUCAGUUACAAGUGUUCGUGUUUCACACAAGAAAACUAUCCAGAUUGUUGAGGAUGAUUUAUUCAGAAGGACAUGAAGCAUCGUUCCCUGUUCAGUAAAUUCCUUACAAAUAUAUCUUUAUCAAACACAAACCACAGAGUGUUCAUCGCUGCUUGCUCAUAUUACUGAAUUCUGUGUCCCCCAGUAAUAAGAUAGCUGUGCAUUGCUUUCUCUGGAGGGAUGCAAAGCAUAUCUGAAUGUUGCUAUGACUUUCAACUGGGCCUAGUUGGUUUUGACUGUGAAAGUAGCCACGUGGUAGGAGUCCCUGUCUUGUGAAGCAGAGUGGUGCAUUAACAGGCCUUGUGCCCCUUGGGAAUAUCCUUCAGAAUAGUGCUUUGACCUUUAUGCCUGCUCUGAUCUCUCUCUUGUUUCUUACCUGAAGGGACAAAGUGCCUGUUCAUGUUGUGGUGGAUCCUGUUCUCAGCCGUGUCUUACGACCCCAUCAGAGAGAGGUGAGUUCUGCGAGUUACCAAAUGCAGCAGUAAUGCUGCUGUAAACUUUUCACUGCAUUUUCUUUCACCCUAGAGAGUGGUCCUCUGGCAAGUGUGAAGAGCAUUCCUAAGCAUGAAGGUGUGUGGGGGUAGGGUUGUUGAGCAGGUGCCUAAUGACGCCUCCCAGCUUCAAUAUUGGGAGGAAAGCUAGGGGAUUGCUUGAUCACUAUGUGGCCAAGGGCCCUGAGGCACCUCCUCUAUGUAGGGUCGAGCCUGCAAGUCCCUGCUCUGCUCUGAAGCAGGGGAGGGGAGACUUCCUUUGCUGCUGCUGUUGGGAGAUGCUGGGAGCCACUCUGCAGCAAUGGCCAAGAACCCCACGCCCACCUGCUUACUUUUCCUGCAGCUAGCACACUUCACACACCCCUUUCCUGCAGGCUUCUGUGUCUGCUGCUUCUAGCUGAGUGGCUGCAGCCAUCUUUCCCUGUGCUUCAAAGGCCAGGCUAAAAUGGCAGUUCCCUGCACUAUGAGCUGUGACACUAUUGGCUGUGGUUGGAACCUGUGCAUUUCUGAGCAAAUCUUUGUGUCUCUCCAGUUUCCCAAGCUCUUCUGUUUCGAGAGCAAUGUUGUAAUCGGUAUUGAAUACCAAUAGCUUCCUGUGCAUCCAGUCGCAAUUUGCGCAGGUGCUGCUUCAUGCGCAAUAUCACUUUUCGUCCUGCAAGUCUGUUCUAAUACAAGGGAAAUGCUUUCCGUGCAGGGGGUGAAGUUCCUGUGGGAGUGUGUGACAGGCCGCCGCAUCCCUGGAAGUCAUGGCUGCAUUAUGGCAGAUGAGAUGGGUCUGGGCAAGACCUUGCAGUGCAUCACUCUGAUGUGGACGCUCUUGCGCCAAAGUCCAGAUUGCAAGCCUGAGAUCGACAAGGCCAUUGUGGUCUCACCUUCCAGCCUGGUGAAGAACUGGUACAAUGAAGUGGGUAAAUGGCUUGGAGGAAGGAUUCAGCCACUGGCUAUCGAUGGAGGCUCCAAGGAGGAUAUAGACAGGAAGCUAGGUAUGGAGGCUUCACAAUAUGUGCUUUUAAAAAAGAAAGAAAAUGAUUUGCUGUAAAGCAAGAACACUACUACAUAAGCUGUAUUCCCUCAUACUCAGUUGCGACAAUCAUCACAUUCUUGGCAGGCUUUAAUUCAAAGAUUCAUGCUGAGGAAUUUGAUAAAUGGUUUCUACAGUUGUGAACAGAGGAUAAAAACAGCAGAGCUAGCAAAGGACUAGAGACAGGUACAUAGAGGACCUAGUAAGAGAACUUGGGUCGGUAGCUUGUGGGACCUGGAUGACCUAGACUCUUCCAGCUCUGCCAUGGAUCUCUUGAGCCACUUUGAGUACUGGAGAUGAAGGAAAUAAUGCAUUGUGAUUCUUUGGAUGUAAAAAACACUUUGUUGCAAUAUAGCAGAACACAAAAAGUAAGUGUAGAGGUAAAUGUGGGAUGCAUAGUUUUGCAAAACUGCUUAUUCCUAAAGCUUACGCUGUCUCCCCUUGGCUUCCAAAUACACCUCACUUAUAUUUCUUUUGCUGUUUUUAUUUUUCCUAAUAGCUGGGUUUAUGAACCAGCGAGGCCUAAGAGUCCCAUCCCCGAUCCUGAUAAUUUCCUACGAAACAUUCCGACUUCAUGCUGAAGUCCUCCAGAAAGGGAGUGUUGGGUUGGUCAUAUGUGAUGAGGUAGGUGGAAAGCAGCUGGUAUUCUCGUUAGCGAGUGAUCGAUCGCCCAUGGAGUCAAAAUUUGGCUGAUGUCACUCAGCUUCAGUGGUGAGCCUGGGCAGGAAUUUCUAGCCACUUAAUUGGCAACAUGCAGGAAGGUUUGCCCCUAUGCUAAGUGCAGCUGAGGGCUAAACCCAAAGUUUCUGUGACUGCAUGGUUAGCAACCACACCAGCGGUUCUUAACAUUUAAAAUGGAUGGGGGAUGAUAUUGGUGCAUCAAAACCAUAAGGCAGAGAGCAGCGAAUUUCAACCUUUCCUUCCCCACCUGUUAUCCUGAUGCAGAUAGAACCCCUUCCCCAGUAACUAGCAGUAGAAGGCAAAACUCCCCUUGGUGCAAGAGUAUUAUUAUUAUUUUUUAAGUGGCGUUGCUAUCCCUGUGCCAAAGAAGCAGCUUGAUGCUUACAGCACCUGUUCUCCCCUCCUAGCUCCCCAGGUCUUGCAGUUCUCUCAGGUACUAGGGAUCCUUUAAGAGGGAGAUGCCAGGGAUCUGAACCUGAGACAUUUUGCAUGCAAAGCAAAAGAGCUCAUCCCCACUGCCCCCCCUUGUGUUUUCCCAGAGGACCUAUAUUAGGUUUAGUCCCAUCCCAUAAUCUUGUAUAACUACUUUGGUUCAUCGGAAGCCUUUGCAACGUAUCCCUUCUCCUUUUAUUAAUUAUUAGCACUUGUCAUUGCUUCCAGUGGUUAGCUGCUAGGACAUCAUAGUGCUCUUCAGGUGUCUUAUAACUAGCAGUUAAAUAAACCCACUGGCCGUGGGGGGGAGGAGGGUUGCAGUAGGAACAUGCACCUAUUAGUAUAUUUCUUAUUUUGUAGUGCUUAGAUUUAAUCAUGUCUGCAGGUUUAUAAGAUAGGUAUAUUGAUUCUGCAAAAGUAAAUAUGCAUGCAUCCUGUUACUCUUUCAUUUUUCAGGGUCACAGGCUGAAGAACUCAGAUAACCAAACUUACCAAGCUCUGAACAGCCUGAAAACUGCACGGCGAGUGCUCAUCUCAGGAACCCCCAUUCAGAAUGACCUCCUUGAAUACUUCAGCCUAGUACAUUUUGUCAACUCGGGCAUCCUCGGUAGGGACUUCUUUUUUAAAACAACAGCAACAGCAGUAUAAUAAGUCUGAAGUUGGCAGCCCAAGUUUCUAAGUUCCCCACCAUAAUGACUGGGUGUGGGGAAGUGUGGUUGUGUGCUGCAAGUGUAUAUCAAAUUGCCACUCACACUGUGUUUCACACAUUAUUAUAGUGUAGCUCUGUUCCACAGAACAGUGGUGAACCAUUUUACUGGAAGAUGUGGACUAAUCAAAGUGCUGCUAGCUUUGGAGUUCCAAAAAAGUGUGAAUCACCUCGUGGGAGUCUGCUAGGGAACCUUUUGGGAACAGAGUGACUGUAUUUCCAGCUAUGUCAUAUGCUUACCUUUCAAUUUUGGCCCAGAUGUCUGCUGUGUCUGCUUUCCUCAGCAUCUUAUUAAAUGACCAAGGUUCUGUCAAUGUUUAAAAGUGUUGUAUAAUUGGAUCUCUCAUUAAGUGAGAGCAGGUGGGACUUGAAGGCAUAAGUGAUGAUGCUUCCAAGGCAAAGGAAUGGCUAUUUCUAAAGUUUCACAUGCCUUUCUGAAUUAUGAGGUUCUGCCUGAUCCAGAAAAAAAGCUGUUGUCUAAACCUACUAGGCUUCAGAGACAUUUACAUGCAUCAGAAAGUUUGAAAUGCAAUGGAAGACAUCUUUGAAAUAGUUAAUAGCAUUUAAAACUUGCAGCAGAAUAUAGAAAAUUAAAGGUAGGGCUAUUCCUCACCAUCAAGUUUUGCUUUUUUGGACAGGGACAGCUCAGGAGUUUAAAAAGCACUUUGAAAUUCCCAUCCUGAAAGGCAGGGAUGCCGAUGCAAGUGAAGCAGGAAGACACAAGGGAGAGGAGAGGCUUAAAGAGCUGAUCAGCAUUGUCAACAGGUGAAGUUCACAAGUUUCCCUUUUUUAUCCUAGGAGCACUUUAUUUCCCUAGUUCUAACUCCCCAGAUUGUGCUUUGGGAGUUAAAGUUACUUUGACCCUGGAAACGGCUCAGUUCAUUAUUCCUCAUAAUUCAUCCAGUAGUUCUGAUAGAGCUCAGAAAGUGCAAAUCCAUUCAUCAUUAAGUCAUCACCCAACAAUUGCUAUGGGUCAUGUACAGUCAGUCUCUCCAAAUUGAUUUUUUCUGCUCAUUGUGACGCUACUGUCUCUCUUGAGUACUUUGAUCGGCUGAGAAAGAAAGUGGGUUUUGGUUUUUUUGCUAAAAUGGAUGUUUACUUGUUGUCAGAGCUCAUGCAUGCUGAUCAAAGUCUGCAGAGCUGUUACCUGAAAGAUCUCUGUUAACACCAGGAAGGUGUUCUGCCGGAAGAUGGUCAUGAGCUUAGGUAUUCUUGUUAACAGCAUUAAAAUUUAUUUUGUUCCUUUCUAGGUGUCUUAUAAGGAGGACUUCAGAUAUUCUCUCCAAAUACCUUCCAGUGAAAAUAGAGCAGGUGGUGUGCUGCAGGUACAAGAUGCAAGUGCAGCUUUUAAAACAAAGCACAGACUUUUCAAACUUAAUCAAGAAAUGAGGUGGAUUCACUCUUGCCUUGCUAAGCAAGAGUCAAUAGAAACGUUCUGAUCUGUGUUACUCUGGGUGUUGUGGCAGAAUAUUCCCUUUGCCCCUUCGGUAACAGCCAAUUAACCUUCCAUCUUAAAUUCUGCUGAAUUACCGUAUUUUUCACCCCAUAGGACGCACCGGCCCAUAGGACGCACCUAGUUUUUUGGGGGGGGGGGGGAAAUAAAGAAAAAAAAUUAAUUUCCCCCCCAGGUGCGGGGCUGGGGCGGGGGAAGCCCGAGCUCCCCAGAACAGGCUGCUAUCCGCUAGCCGUGGGAGAGCCGCACAACUUCCCACGGCUAGCGGAGCGCUGCGCGAAGCCCCAAGCUUGGGGCGUGCUGAGCUCAGCGCGCCCCAAGCUUCUGGGUGCAGGCAAGCUCUCUGCUAGCCGUGGGAGAGCCGCGCGGCUCUCCCACGGCUAGCGGAGCGCUGCGCACCCCAAGCUUCUGGGUGCAGGCAAGCUCUCUGCUAGCCGUGGGAGAGCUGUGUCUCCCACAGCUAGCAGAUAGCUUCCUGAAGCCUGGAGAGCGAGAGGGGUCAGUGCGCACCGACCCCCCUUGCUCUCCAGGCUUCAGCGAAAGCCUGCAUUUGCCCCAUAGGACGCACACACAUUUCCCCUUCAUUUUUGGAGGGGGAAAAGUGCGUCCUAUAGGGUGAAAAAUACGGUAUUUAUCAGCACAAUGAAGUCCUUUAUUGGAGUCACUGUAUUUUAAAAAGUUGUGCUUAAUUUAUUUUAGUAUGUAAGUGCACUGAUCCUAGGUAACUUGCCUCUCAAUGAAAAGGAAGAAACUGAGUUAUUGACAUAUAUAAUAUUCCGCCCCCCCCUGCAAAGUAAAAAAAAGUCAGCAUAAUUAAUUCGGUGAUGGAGCUUGCCUCAAAUCUAUUCUGAAAGAACCACAUUCAUCUAGAUGUCAGAGAAUAGUGCCUUUCUUAUUCUGCUUAGCUACAACAAUGGUUUGUGUUGUUGUUUUUUGCUUUUCAUCCAAAUCUAAUCGUACCCUUUAUAAAAUGUUCUGCAUUGAUGAAGUCAGGAAAAUUAAUCACGUUUUUAGAAGCCAUUCAGUAUUUUUUUGUGUGUUUUAAAGAAUGUGCAACUCAUUUGUUGGACAUCAAAUAGCUAUAAACUGCUAGAUGAUGUUGGACCUUUAAAAAGAAUGCUUUUUUAAAAAACAAAGUAUUUUUCUCUAGGAACCUUAAUAAAAUGUAUUUAAAAACAAAUAAAAAUAAUGCUUUUAAGGCACCGGGUUUCAAGCAGCAACUUGGUGAGCAGCGAGAUGUGUAGACAGGAGGUCUUUCCUUAGCAGCAAGGUUGAAAAACACUGACCUGUAAGGAACACCAUGUCCUAAGACAAUCAUGUAUGCUAAUAGCAGGAAUAGCUUUAUGAAAGAUGUGAUGAAACAGCCACCCACCAGUGCCUUCCUGCUUGAUAGUUUACUCUUUGGAAUGUCACUGAGGUUCUAAGAGAUUCUGGGGGAAAUAAUUUUUCAAAGUUAGGGUGUAGAUCACUGAGAAUGCGGUAUUCUGACUUGCAGUCUUUUGUUCUGGUUUGAGCAUGUUGGCAGAGUUAAUAGCAUAAAAGUGAAAGUUAAUGCUGCCAACAUGUCUAGCCUACCACCUCUACCACCUGCACAGUGAUCUUAGCAUGGCAGCUUUGAGACUGUGGAAAAUGGAGCUUUAUUAUUAUUAAGAGUCCAAUUUAAAGACCAGUUUGUGAAUUAAACGAAUGAAUUAAAAGAAGAAGAAAAACCAGACUCUGGAGAAUGGCUUUCUUUUAAGACUAGGGUAUUACCCAGGUCCACCAAAGUCAGUGACAAUUUAGCUCCUCUUGUACACCAAGUUUCCUUCUGAGUUUGCAACAAGGGGAAUUCAGUAGCUCAAGUAGGUUAUACCCUUUGGAAAGUUCUGAGUUAUUUUGCAUUAAAUGUUCAUUUGGGACCUAACCUAAGCAAUUCCAACUGGGUUGGAUAAGAUGGGAUUUUUUGUAAUGGUCAUCUGUUCAGCGAUUGGAACAUGAUUGAUGUCUUGUUUCACCUCAGGCUGACUCCCCUUCAGGCAGACCUGUACAAACGCUUCCUCAAGCAAGCAAAGCCCGCUGAGGAACUGAAAGAAGGGAACAUGAGUGUUUCAUCCCUUUCCUCCAUCACAUCACUGAAGAAACUCUGUAAUCGUAAGUCAUCCUGUCAGUUUAUGUAUACAAUGCCCUGUGCCAAGGACCCAGAACAUGGAACAGAAAGUCAGAAACAAGAUAAAUCUCUGUUGAAUGGUUUUCAACCUGAAGUUGAAGUGUUCUUGUGUACUAGAGCCCUGGUCAUUAAGAUGGUGUUUUUAAAACACUUCUGCUAAGCAGUGUUAAAAACUGAGAUAUAUGAAAGCAAGGAGCUAAAUAGCGCCUUAAACCUAGGUUAUGGGCGCAACAACAGAAUGUCUAGGCAUACUUUUUUAUAACAAGAAUACAAAGCUGAAAAUGAAUGAACUGCAGCUAAAAUAUUAUGUUCAUUCUUCACAGGGUCUAGUCCUUUCCCUGCCCUCUUAAGAGGGUCUCUUCUCCAAUCUUCAGAGAGUAACUGGAAGUGGAGAAGCAGAAAAAGGUCCUCUUUUCCUUCCACCCUGCAGUUUUACUCUGAAAUGUUAGGCGCAGAACUCAGAAACUGCACACGCUAAUGAAAUUCCCUGUCACAAAAUGCGCCUAGAACAAUGGGAGUUUCAAACACUGCUGCUAAGGCUAAAUUCCAAAGCAGUGAUGCUGCAUGGCAGUUAAAAAGAAUAAAUUCUGUUUUGUAGGUAUCGAAACAAAAUAGGGUUCAUAAUCUUGGCUCGCUGUGUUCAGAGCAUGGGUAUUUUGGGUCUGAGGAAUAGAAAAAACUCAGUUCACCGUCUCUGAUUUCCUUGUUGGAGAAAGUGAAGUUGCUGCACUAUUAUGAUUCAACUUCUGUGCAAGCGUAAUAGAAGCAUGCACUUUGAAAGGACUGGAAGUAUUUUUGUAUGUUGUCCCUCUCAGUCAUUUAAGCCACCCCUGAACCUCCCCUCUUGGAACUCCUCAAUUUAUAAACUAAACUGCUCCCCCCCCCCCCAAGGAAAAGCACAGUUGUCUAAACUGGAGCACGUGCCUUCUUUUGUUUUUACUGGUUUUUCACAAGCCCCUGCAUUUUGCUUUAUGCUCUAAGUGGGGAUAGGCAGAUGUUUGUCCCAUGUAAAGAUUUUCCAUGUUUAAAGUUUGAGACUCUGGUGCCCUCUUCUGGACUCUAGUUUGCUUGGGCUGGUGGCUGGCCUGAAUAGUGCCUGAAUAAUACAUUGGGAUACAGGCUUCUUACUUACAGGACUUUGCAGCUAUGCAAGCAUGUGCCUUGCCUCUCCACACCCUCUUGGGUUUUAGCUGGUUUUAGAAAACAUAAUCUUUAAUUUUGAAUCUUAGCGCACUCAUAAUUAAUGUACACAUUUUUAAUCUAUUGCAUAAUGUGACUAUGGGUUUAAAAUCCCUACUAUGCAUGCUCAUGGUUUAAAUGCUUGGUUGUGCUAUUUUUGAAAUUGGGAGCAGAUAGUUUGGGUUUCUUAUGGGAAAUCAAGGUACACUUAAAUGGAAAGAGAACUAGAUAAGCUAGCAAUGUAUAUGGGCCAGUGUGGGACAGAGGAUGCCGUGGGGUCUGGAUGAAUGCAGAGAUACAGGUUCAAAACACUGCUUAGUUAUGGAACAAGCAAGCAAUUAUGAGCUACAUUCAGAAGGUUACUAGUGGACCGAGGAACACUUGAUGUGUGAAAAGGAAUAUAUACAAUGUAUGGUAAUUUAUUGUCAGAGAAGCCCCCUAAAUCAAGGGUGGGAAACCUGUGGCCCUCCAGAUGUUGUUUGGCUCCUCCCAUUAACCCCUGGGCAACACAGUCAAUGAUCACCGUUGAUGGGAGUUGUAGCUAAGCAACAUCUGGAAGGCCACAAGUUCCCCCACCCCUACUCUACAUAAAAGUUAGUGAUUUAAAAUGAUCACAUGUAGAGUUAUAGUUUUCAGGUACUAGACCAGCCUUUCUCAACCUAGAUGUUAUUGGACUACAACUCCCAUCAUUCCUAGCCAGCAUGGCCAGUGGUCAGGGAUGAUGGGAGUUGUAGUUCAAGAACAUCCGGGGACCCAAGGUUGAGAGAGGCUAUACUAGACCAUUGCAUGUUAAAUACAGGGGGAGAUUAUAGAACUGUUUAGAUUAUGAUGGUGAUGAUGAUGAUUAGGCGCUGCAGUUAUUUCUGUCCAGAGAUAAUAGGACUGUGUAAGGAAGCUGUUUCCGUCACACUAAGACCAAUCCUUCCACCUUGCUAAACAGAAAGUGUGUCGACUCCAGUUCUGUGCAGUGAUUCUUGAUAACUUUUCUCUAGAUCCUGCCCUGAUCUAUGAGAAGUGUGUGGAGGAAGAGGAGGGGUUUGUGGGUGCUCUGCAGUUAUUUCCUUCUGGCUAUAGCACCAAGUCUGUGGAACCUCAGCUCUCAGGUAAAUGUUGCUGCAAAAACGUAUCUGUAUAUCUGUGUGUGAGAUUAUAUUGGGGAUUGAUUUCUCAGCACUGUUUAUAGCAGAGGUCGCCAACCUCCCCAAUGGGGAUCUGUUGAGAGAGUGUUGUGGGCACGAGUCGCAAAACGGCUGCCAAGGGGGCAUGGCAUAAUACAAAAUCGAAGAACAAAUAGUCAUUGCUGCUCCCUGUGGUCCUCCUGGACAAUCUCAUGCUUGUCAUGGGAAGUCAAGUCAUUUGCUGUCCUCUGGAAUUCACACAGUAUUGAUUCCUCCCCCUGCCCCAUCAAUGAUGUUGUUGUUGUCUAAUAGCAGAGAGCAUCCCCCAGUAUCCUCUCUUUCUGCCCUGGUGCAUCUCUCAAUCACACACACACUUGAGCAGCCCACCCACCCACAGUCAAAAGAGCCCCUCCAAGGGCAAGAGAAGUGCCUGCCAUUUAUUUAAAAAUUCACAAGGUUCACCAGCCUGGAACCCACGGGCGCUGUGUUGUCCUUGGUUUCCAAGGAAGGCCUGUUGCAUCUGUGGGCAUUGGCUUGGAGGUUCCAGGUUUUAUAGCGUUUGUAUUCAUUGAUUUUUUUUUUCCCUUCAGGAAAGAUGCUGGUUUUAGACUACAUUUUGGCAGUUACGAGGAGCACCAGUAAUGACAAAGUAGUCCUAGUUUCUAAUUAUACUCAGACACUGGAUCUCUUUGAGAAACUCUGCAGAGCUAGAAGGUAUAAUGACUGAGAGGUUGUGAGUGUGUGAGAGAGAACCUAAGAGGACGUCUUCCUUGGGAAUGAUGGGUGCAGAAAUGUUGGGUCAGGCUUGGCCUGAUGUCUCCAUAAAACUAUUCUAAAACUCUCUUCCCCCAGUAUGGCCUUAAUUUUUUCCUGAUAUUAAAUUCACUUGUAGAACUAUCCCAUGUGUAAGGGGUGAAAUUGCAGCUAUUUCAGGGAUAUAUUGGUAUUAGGAUCUUAAUUUGCCCUCUUUUUGUGUCUGUCAGGUACUUGUAUGUCCGUCUGGAUGGCACCAUGUCCAUUAAAAAGAGAGCAAAGAUAGUGGAGCGUUUCAACAGCAUUUCUGUAAGUGAACCUUCCAGGCUCAAGUUCCAAUCUAUCUAAUUCCACCCUUCCUACAAAACAGGGCAGAAGUGGUUACAAUAUAAUCUUCCAGUAAAAAAGCCUCGUUGGCCUCCUGCAUUUUAAUGCCAGUUACAGCCAAAAUAUGUACUCCUGCUUGAAAUAGAGGUAUACUUGCAAUAGGAAAAUAUUUUCAGCAUGACUUUCCAAUGAGCGUUCAUGGCUGUUAUACAAAUCCAGUGAUGUGAUACAGACUUGUACUUUGGUGCAUGAUCACUUCUCCAGUUGGGAAUCUUUUUUAUCUGGUGUCUAGGGGUCAAGAAAACCCAGCAUGGUUAGAACAGGAAGAGAGGAGGUUGAUGUGGAGUUAGGAUGGAUGCUGCAUUAUCGCCCUGUCUAGAUUUGUGCCUCUGGUUUUCCAUCAAUGUUACUAAGUCUUCUAAUUAUAAGCUUUCAUGUACAUAUUACUGGUUGGAGAAUUCACAAACAAGUAGUACCGAUAAUCUUUGGCUGUAUACAUAUUUGUAGGGCAAUGGCUUGUGAUGUUCUUCACUACAAAGUUGGAAGAACCCAGUAUCUUUAGACUGAAAGGAAGAAAGAGUAGUCUAUUAACCAACGUUCGUGUUCAUUCAUUUUGCAUACAAGAUAAAAGGAUAAUUUGAAGUGUGUUUUUGCAGAAAUAACCUACUGAGUCAGCAGUGUCACUUGUGCUGGGCACCUAACUUGAGUUUCUCUGGUCCCCCAGAACCCUGAAUUCAUUUUCAUGCUGAGCAGCAAAGCAGGUGGUUGUGGCUUAAAUUUGAUUGGAGCAAACAGACUUGUGAUGUUUGACCCAGACUGGAACCCAGCCAAUGACGAACAAGCCAUGGCCCGUGUCUGGAGAGAUGGCCAGAAGAAGACUUGCUAUAUCUAUCGAUUGCUUUCGGUAAGGCUUGGAUUCCAACCCUGCUUGUGACUGUCCUCAUCGCAGAGUAGAGAUGGCAAAGCUUGAGUCUGUUGCAAAAAGAAACAAGUUUGAGAGCCAGUGUGGUGUAGUGGUUAAGAGCGGUGGACUUGUAAUCUGGUGAACCGGGUUCGCGUCUCCGCUCCUCCACAUGCAGCUGCUGGGUGACCUUGAGCUAGUCACACUUCUCUGAAGUCUCUCAGCCUCACUCAUCUCACAGAGUGUUUGAUGUGGGGGAGGAAGGGAAAGCAGAUUGUUAGCCGCUUUGAGACUCCCUAGGGUAGUGAUAAUGCGGGAUAUCAAACCCGAACUACUCUUGUAACAGGUGUCUGAUUUCCAGUUGCACAAGGGUAGCUGGUGUCAUGGCAUGAAAAAAACAUAAACGUUUUGAACGGACUACAGUGGAGCCUGGUUUUUUACCAAUCUGUUAUGAUACUGGGCAUGUGCAGUGAUGUAAAGCGAACUAAAGGUUCAUCAGGACAUAGGAAAAGGAAGAUGUCCCAGACGUAAAUCUCUUUGUUUAGAGGCAUAUCCCCAUCAGGCUUAAAGGUUAAGGCCAAUGGUUUUCCACUGUUGCCUGAAAACUGAAGCCACAGCUGCUUUUGGAUUAUCUAUCCUGGUCUUUUAACCACAAGUUUAUAUUGUAAUAUUUUUAUAUAUAUAUAAUAAUGAGCAUAUAGUGUCCUAUGGCAAGACCUUAAAGUAGUUAAAGAUACAAGUUGAAACAGAAUAAAAAUAACGUAACUGGCUAACAUAUAACACCCCAUUUAACAGUUAAGCACUCUACAGAUGUGAAGUCUUUGGCCAAAUUUCAGAGCUUCAUUCCUUAUUUACAUGCUGAACAAGCUAUACAGCAGGCUUCUUCAACCGAGGCCCUCCAGAUGUUCUGAGACUACAAUUCCCAUCAUCCCUGACCACUGGUCCUGCUAGCUAGGGAUCAUUGGAGUUGUAGGCCAAAAGCACCUGGAGGGCCGAGGUUGAGGAAGCCUGCUCUGCAGGAUUGGUGCCCAGAGGGCAAUUUUUUGAGAAGGGAACAAUAUGAGGAAUGGAUGGCACCAUUCUUCACGCUUGAUUGGGAGUGCAUGGCAAGUGGAAUGUGGAAAUCAGGUUCUGGUUAAAGAACAUGUAACGCUUAUAAGGAUUCUCUGGCCUUUCCAAAAACCCAGCACCAGCCUUAAUUUUGUAUCCUUUUAGACAGGGACAAUUGAGGAAAAGAUCUUUCAGCGGCAGACCCACAAGAAGGCUCUCAGCAGCUGCGUCGUAGAUGAGGAGCAGGAUGUGGAAAGACACUUCUCUCUCGGUGAACUGAAGGAGCUAUUCACGCUCAAUGAGACCACCACAAGUGAUACCCAUGACAAGUUAGUAUUGGAAGAACUGUGGGUAAUGUGUUGGGGGACACAAAUGAAGGCUUUUGUGUGGUAUAUUUAUCUAGAACAAGUAAGAAAAAUUAUCCCCAUGUUCAGUCUGUAUAUGCAGCAAUAGAUUAGGACCACAUCAGCCCACCAUGUCCUACGUGAUCAUGUAUUGGCCUUAACAUUUGUGUAGGUUAAUGGUAUUGUGAGCUGUGCGCCUCAAGCCUUGCAGUACACAAAUGUGCCUGUCUGUUGGACUCUAUGAGUAGGCCCCUGUAGAAACAUAUACCCCAGUUUGCCUGCUACUCAUGCUGAUUGGAAGUGUUCAUUUUUGGGUUUGGGUUAAAUUGCUUCAUAGGACAUUAGUGUGUGGCUAUAUGGUUGUAACCCAUCCUGGGACGUUGAGAUGAAAGACAGGUAAAAGCAAUCUUAAAAUAAAUAAAUUACCCUAGGGCUGUAAACCCUCUUAAGAGAUUAUUAGUUUGUGUGCUUGACUGAAGGUUUGAAUAUCAUAACUUUACUUUGGGAAGAGGUGCGAAGCAAAUGUUUUAAUCCCAAUUUCUGGUACACGCACUGAUUUCUGCCUAAACUUUUUUCAUCAGUAAGUAAAAUAGAGCAUGCUUCUAAACGAUACAAUCUUUGCAAACAGUAGUGUCUUCAAGAUUGCUAGCCCUUUAAGCUCAGACAAUGAAAGCCUGCAUAACGUUACGUAGAGGCUCUGGCCCUUGUUAGCACAAUGCACUCUUCGUUGCAGGAUCAAGUGUCGUCGCUGUGUGAAUGGCCAUCAAGUCAGGCCACCUCCAGACGGGUCUGACUGCACUUCUGACUUAUCCCAGUGGAAUCACUGUGCUGAAAAACGUGGACUCCAGGACACAGUCCUCAAGGCUGCCUGGGAUGCUGCUGUCACCUUUACCUUCCAUCAUCAUUCCCAUGAAGAACAACGGGGGAUACCAUGACGAUUGGUUUGGGCUGACUUUCUGAAACUCAAGCUAUUUGUUAUCCUGAUCCACCACGUUUAAGAUUACACUUUUUCUCCCAUUAAUGCCGUGGAAGAACUAUAUCUUCUUUACAAAAGUGGUAGGCCAAAUCAGUGGGUCACAGAGCAUUAGUAUAAUUAUGUUUAUGAAACCUGGCAUGUAUGGGAAGACCGCGGCAGAAAAGUGUUCACUUCUGAUCAUGGAAUUGAUCCCAUGCUACUUUAUCACUCUUUGGACUGUGUUACUUGUUCUGAAAAAUUUAAAGACAUGCCUACAAAGUUAAUUUUUCAAGAAUAACAGUGAACAAUGGAUAUACAUACAAUUUAUUGAAACUGAAUUGCUUGCUGUUAAAUAGUAAUGAAAAGAUCUGUUUUAAUUCUGCUAAUGAGGUAAGGCCUAGUGUAAAUAGAAUCUGGAAACCUCAAAAUCAAAGCAGAUGGGUGAAAGAAGUCUGUUUUUCCACUUGAGCCUCAGAUGGUUGAUACCUUAGUUCUCCAGGCAGAAGAUUCACUUAAAGAAAAUUGAGUUCAUGAGUACCGGGACAAAAUAUUUCUGUAUCUUAACUCCUUAAGCUUAUUUAUUGACUCUCCACAGCAGUGACUUUAAAAGAUAGUGAUAACAUAUGUGCCAGUUAUCACUGUCCUGUUUUUAUAGAGUAAAAUAAAAUGUAGACUGCAAUACUUCGU